AUGUCCAAGACCUUCACCACUGGCGACGUUGCGUCGCACAACAAGCCUGACGACUUGUUCAUUAUCGUCGACGGCGAUGUCUACGACCUCACAAAGUUCCAGGAUGACCACCCAGGUGGUAAGAAGAUCCUCCAGCGCGUUGCCGGAAAGGACGCCUCCAAGCAGUUCUGGAAGUACCACAAUGAAGGCAUCCUGAAGAAGUACAAGGCCAAGUUGCACGUCGGCUCCCUCGACUCCAAGCCUAAGCCCGUCGAAGCGGCGCCUGCUGCCGCCGCUCCCGUGCCCAAGAAGGCCGCCCCCAAGAAGGUCGUUGCCAGCAGCACCGAAGAGUCCGAGCCAAUGGAUCCCUUUGGCGACUUGGUUCCCUACGCCGACCCCAACUGGUACCAGGCUUACCACACUCCCUACUACAACGAGACACACGCUGCCCUCCGCACCGAGAUCCGUGAAUGGGUCGAGACAAAUGUCGAGCCCUUCGUUGGUGAGUGGGAUGAGAAGAAGGAGGUCGAUCCCGCCAUCUACAAGCAGAUGGGUGAGCGCGGUUACCUUGCUGGUCUGCUCGGUGUCCACUACCCUACGCAGUACACCAACAACACCGUUGCGUCGGUGGCUCCUGAGGACUGGGAUCUCUUCCAUGAGAUGCUUUUGACCGACGAGCUGUCUCGUGCAGCAUCAGGUGGCUUUGUCUGGAACGUCAUUGGUGGUUUCGGCAUUGGCUGCCCACCCCUGGUCAAGUUUGGUCAGAAGGCUCUCGUUGACCGUAUCCUGCCCGGCAUCCUCAACGGUGACAAGCGCAUCUGCUUGGCCAUUACCGAACCCGAUGCCGGCUCUGACGUUGCCAACUUGACUUGCGAGGCUAAGCUUAGCGAGGAUGGAAAGCAUUUCAUCGUCAACGGCGAGAAGAAGUGGAUUACUAACGGUAUCUGGUGCGACUAUUUCACUACCGCCGUCCGCACGGGUGGCGAAGGCAUGAACGGUGUCAGCUUGCUGCUUAUCGAGAGAGGACCAGGUGUCACGACAAGACGGAUGGACUGCCAGGGUGUCUGGUCCAGUGGUACCACCUACAUCACCUUUGAGGAUGUCAAGGUACCUGUUGAGAACUUGCUCGGCAAGAAGAACCAGGGCUUCAGAGGCAUGUAA